AUGUUCCACAAACACCUCGACCAAGCCUCCAAGAGGUACAAGGAGCAUCCCAACGUUGCCGCGAUGUACACCAGCCUCCCCAAAGACAAAGCACACAGACCACAGCGAGCCCCAACCCAAGACUACCCUCCCAAAAUCCGGGAUUUCGCCUACGAUAAACAUGAAUCGGAAACAAAUACCCGCGACUUCAUCGCCAAAUUCGCCGACUUCGGCUUCCGAAGCCAUCACAGGAGAGUGAACAACGGAGAUCUGCUCUCGAAAGCCGGCGUUCUCGGCUACGAAAAAAAGAGGCAACUCCAGGAUCCUUCUGUCGGUCUCAAGGCACAGUUUCCCGGCUGUUUCGACAUGGACUACCAUCCACCGCAACGCCAGGAGCGUCCAGUCUCGGAGACGACCACCACAACGGCCACGAAUUCGGUAUCCUCGGACCUCUCCGGUACUACUGACACACCUUCUCUCGCCACUAGCGCUACCAUGGAGUCUCUCGAGGAGGGAAGCAACGGCAGAAGACCCCGAGGCAUUCGUGACAACCCGCUGAUACUUGCUGUCGCUGUUUGUAUGUUGGAGUAUAUGAAUUGA